GAAAUGCCAUAGCUUCAUGUCUGUUCCAGGCCUUGGCGGUGAAGCUAUGAGUUGUUUGGCGAUUAACAACUGUUCGUGUCUGUUCCAGGCCUUGGCGGCGACAGUUGAUCCGAUGACUUUGCGGAAGUUAUUCAUGUCUGUUCCAGGCCUUGGCGGCCUUGGCGGUGAAGUUAUGAGUCAAAGGAUAUCCAAGUCAUCUCUUGGUAGUCGUCAGCCUCUUUUUCCCCUUUAUUGUAGUCAGUUAAUGUUUGCUUUAUCUCUCCGCAUUAUCCAUUCUUUAGAUACAGAGGAAAACCACGGAGAGAAAAUGUUUAAACAGGACAGUCAGACGAAUCUAAUUGUAACAACAUGUUACAUGUUACAACCUCGAAAACAAGAUCUUCUUCCAAAUACUUUAGUUUCAACUCAGUUUUGUUUUGCCGAAGGGCUACUUCUUUCUUCUUCUCUUGCACGGGUUUUGCUUUGCUGA